GAGCCGAUAGUAACAGUCGAAUAUCGAAGAGCUCAGUAGAGCGGAGAGAAAGAGAGAGAGAUAUCCAAAAGAGAGGAGAGAUCGAGUGUCAGAUUUUUUAUCCAUUAGCAAGGAUUAUAUACUACUCCUCUCUUCGUUCUUAUCCCUUUUUUUUAUUCGUCCUAUACUUUUGCGAACAUGAAAACCGUAUUUCUCGGAUUUGCACUGCUCUGCGUCGUCGUCUGCGCCGUCUCGGCUACCUCGGAGAAGAAGCAGCGCGGCGAGGGUGGCAGGGAACGCCUGGCCGCCUACUCGCAGUACCUGCCGAACUACGACGCCAAUCUCGAGUACGAGCUCGAGCUGGCCAACGCGCUGAAGGGCAUCAUGAACGGGAUCGCCGAGAGACUGGGCUUCGCCCAGCCCGUGGCGACGGGAACCGGCUCGGGCAGCGGCAACGUCGCCGGCGAGACCAGCAACAGCGGCCGAUUUCGAGGCAAUCUCAACAUCUUCGGCGGACAGCAGCAGCGGGGUGGUGGAGGCGGUUUGAGCGGACUGUUGGGUGGUGCUGGUCAGCAGCAGCUACCUCAGGAGCUCGGAAAUAUCCAAGUCGAAGUGUUGCCUCAGUAAUUAAUGGAGGAGGAGGAGGAGGAGAGCGAGUCUUUGAUGACGGCGAAGUAGUUUAUAACGAUUGUAAUAAUAAUAAUAAUAAUUUAUAUAUGAAGUGAAAAUAAAAAUUCGUACUCUAAAACGAAAACUA